GCGAAUCAUAUAUGUGUUAUAUACACAAAGAGACAUUUAAUAAUUAACAACAAGUACGCACAUACAAGUAUACGGUUAGCGUUACAAUUUUCGGAGAAGCUCCUCCUCCUCCUCUGUCCUCUCUGUCUUUCUCCUUAAGUCUUCAGUAUCAACCCUCAGGCAGUUGUUGCGCCCCCGUAGAGGUGGUUGGUUGAUUCCUGUUCGACAUGGCGGGCACCAUCGUACGCCGUUUCAACGUCCCGAGGAAGCAACUGGGUCUCCUUGGGCAGGUGGUCAGCAGCCAGCCGUCCAGGAACCUCGCUGACGCUGCACCUGAGGGCAAGAAAUUUGGUAGUCCGCUUAAGGAUGAAGACAGAAUCUUUACAAACUUGUAUGGAAGGCAUGACUGGAGGUUAAAGGGAGCUAUGAGGCGCGGAGAUUGGUACAAGACCAAAGAAAUUUUGGAUAAAGGUGCAGAUUGGAUCAUCAAUGAAGUCAAAAUUUCUGGGCUUCGAGGUCGAGGAGGGGCAGGCUUUCCUUCUGGAAUGAAAUGGUCGUUCAUGAACAAACCAUCAGAUGGUAGGCCAAAGUACCUUGUCAUAAAUGGAGACGAGGGAGAGCCAGGAACUUGCAAGGAUCGUGAAAUUUUACGUCACGACCCGCACAAGCUCAUCGAAGGAUGUUUGAUUGCUGGUAGAGCUAUGGGAGCAUGUGCCGCAUACAUCUACAUUCGAGGAGAGUUUUACAAUGAGGCAUCCAAUACUCAAGUUGCCAUUGCUGAAGCUUACCAGGCUGGUUUGAUUGGAAAAAAUUCUUGUGGAUCUGGUUAUGAUUUCGACAUCUUUGUGCAAAGAGGAGCUGGUGCUUACAUCUGUGGUGAGGAAACAGCACUUAUUGAAUCCAUUGAGGGAAAACAAGGAAAGCCGAGACUGAAGCCACCUUUCCCUGCUGAUGUUGGUCUGUUUGGUUGUCCAACAACUGUGACAAAUGUAGAAACUGUUGCUGUGGCACCAACGAUUUGUCGUCGUGGAGGUUCAUGGUUCGCAUCUUUUGGUCGACCUCGUAAUAGCGGCACUAAGCUGUACAACAUCUCGGGUCAUGUUAACCAUCCAUGCACUGUUGAGGAAGAAAUGAGCAUUCCUUUGAAAGAGUUGAUUGAAUUACACGCAGGUGGAGUGAUAGGAGGUUGGGACAAUCUAUUGGGAAUCAUUCCUGGAGGAUCUUCAACGCCCGUCAUUCCUAAACACAUUUGUGACACUGUGCUGAUGGAUUACGAUGAUCUUGUUCGGGUGCAGAGUUCUUUUGGCACGGCAGCUGUUAUAGUUAUGAAUAAACAAACUGAUAUUAUCAAAGCAAUCACGCGUCUCAUUAGCUUCUACAAACACGAGUCCUGUGGUCAGUGCACUCCUUGCCGCGAAGGUAUUUCCUGGAUGUACAAAAUAUUGCAGAGAUUUGUCGAGGGUAACGCAGAAGUGCACGAAAUCGACAUGCUAUGGGAGUUAACGAAGCAAAUUGAGUUGCACACGAUUUGUGCCCUGGCUGAUGGUGCAGCAUGGCCGGUUCAAGGACUCAUCAGACACUUCAGACCCGAGAUAGAGGCAAGAAUAAAGAACUUCAAGCAGAACUGUGAAGCCAUUUCUCAGUAAAUUUAGGAAAAAUAUAGAUGAAUAAUAAGCUUUGAAGGAGUAUAAAAAUAUUGUUUAUUUAUUUUCACAUGUAUAUAGCUGAUCAGUUGAAAUUUUUCAUAGAGAUGAUUCAUAAUAUAUAAAACGAUAUCUCACUCUCUAUAAAUUGCAGUAUUUUUUAAAAUUAGUUUUUAGACACAAUACUUGUGCUGUUAAUUGUAUCGACGUCAUUCGUUAUCAGAAAAAUUUUAAACUGUUGAAAGUAAAAAUGGUUGACCUUUUUUUUAAUACUUAAAAAUUUGAAAUAAAAAUUAAUCUUUAUUACAAAACUGGUUUUGAAUUUCUACAAAUUAUUACAGCUGUGUACAAAAAAUCUUUAAUAAAUACAAAAAAA